CUAUUUGUUUACAAAACCAUUUUGUCUUUCUUGCUAGCCAAUGAAAUCACACACAAAAAUUGAUUGGAAAUGUUAAAAACUGUUAGGAGAUAAUUUUUCUUGACUUUUUCCUUGUACACUACACAACCGCCGAGGUCGCUUUGCUCCAUGAUGACUUGAAAGUGCACAGGCCUAUAACAGUUAUGGCACGUUUCGCUGUUCUCUUCGAUAGACCAAAGAGAGAAUCCUUACAAAAUAGAACAUGGCCGUGCUCUUUAAAAAACUGGUUUUCUGGGUCUCUAGGUCAUUUUUCUCUUGAUUUUUAUCUCUUGUAUGCUUACUCUUUACUCUAUUCGAUAAGGUGCCAUUACGUAGAUCCAGCAGAAGUUCAGGGCUUCCUGGUUUCUGUCUAUUUUUUACAGGUCCUAAUUGAAGUGUGUUUUCCCUCCCUGGAUGAAAUGAGACGCGAGAGGAACAGAGAAAUAAGCAGCGUCCGGUGAUCACUUGUACGGCUGCUGUAAUCACGUGACUCGUGUCUGGCGACGUGCUCCAGACAUCUGGUCUUGAAGAAAACUUUCAUGGGUAAACAUUCUGCAGACGCUUGGUCAUCAUUCUCUGUGGCAAACACCUGAGUGGACGUGCGAAAAAAUCCGUCUUCAUUCCUAAGGGAUCCUACAGGACUGAUCUAGAAAUGUAGUACCAUCCAGCAGCUUUUUCUGAUUAGUGGUGUGUUGUAACUGCUCUUGUUCUUUCAACUAAGUUUGGAUAUAUACCAGACAUGGCAUAUAACUGAAAUGUGUAAACUGGUUAUAUUUUUACCCUUCCGAGAACAUCUUUGCUAAGAAAGACUGCACGCAGACAAACUUCCCAUUUAUUUGUGGAAAGCAGAACACUUUGUUCUAGCCUCGAGAGACCAAAGUGUCUGAAAAACGUUAGUGCAGGAAUGACUGUUUGGAGAACUGUGUCAUCUAAAUAUUUGGUUUUCUUUGGGUUAAAAGCCUUUGUUUACCCAUGCUGUAUUUACAUUUUCCUGCUGAAUUAUGUUAAUCAUGAGACAAUCGCCUUAUGAAAAUGUCUGCCAAACAUGAAGUCUUUGUUGUCGGACGUUUACUCCAACUGCUCUGUCCGAAUCAAUUCAGGGCAGAGGCCUAACCGCUUGACAAGUAAACUAAUUAACUGAAAUACAGAAAUCUCUAUGUCCUCCCUGCCGUGGAUCGUAAAGCAUUAAAAUCUCAGCUUUUUAUUAUACCUGAUUAUCUUAUUGCAUCAGACAGAAGAAAACCAAAAAAAAUGUGGCCUAACGUAAAAACGCAACAACCAUGUCCAUCGCAAUGUCUCAGCCCAGCUUCGGCCUGAUUCAGCAGUCUUCCACAUCAGCUUACCCAUGUACAAACUGAAAACAGACGUACCGCAGGUACCAAACUGAACUAUAGUGUAUCUUAUAUAGUGCUAACUCGCCCCAAACUACAACUUUAAAGCAAGGAAGACAAUAACAGCAUCAGCACUGUGCUUGUUUGCGUCACCAUCCCAAGACUUGGCCAACAUGUCUGUACCAACGUCCCAGUCUGCUGACCUGAUGUCCGCCGAGUUCCCUCCCUCGGACCGGUCGGCUGACCCCCACCAGAGAGCUCAACAAGCCGUGGAAGUUUUCUACGACUACAACAACACUGAGAUGUUCCACCCGCGGGCCUUCGAGAGAGGCUUCGUGACCAGCGCCAAAGUGGGUAUCACGCUGUGCGUGCUGGCAAUCCUGGCCAAUCUAAUGCUCUUCGUCUUCUUGUGUUCCUCAAGAAAACUACGCCUUCAGUAUCUCUACAUUCAGAUCCUAAGCAUUGCAUUAGCAGACUUGGGCUUUGUCGUCAUGGUGGAUUCCUUCACCGUAUACUUUGAGCUAACGCCGUGGCGGCUGGGAGCAGCCUUCUGCAAGACCUGGAUGCUCUUAGAUGUUGCACUCCCAGCCGUUUCUUUAUUGGCUUUGUUGCUGCUCAAUGUGGACAGGGUGCUCUUCACGUACAGCACGUCAUGCUACCAGUACCUCCUGCGUCGGCCAGUAGUGCGGGUUCUCGUGGUUGUCUUUCCCUGGGUCUUCACAUGCGUGGUGGUCUGCUCCCUGUGGCUCGGCUUCCCGGCCGUGGAGCCCCGGGACGAGGUGUGCAUCUACGGCAUCACUCAGGCCGCCAACAACGCCAGUAGCUGGCUCACCGUCUUCCUGCCCUCUCUCACUAUCCUCGUCCUGCUUAUCUUCGUCUUCAUUGCUGUCAUCGGCGAGAUGCCAUCGUCGGCCUACGCCAUGACGCGCCAGCCCACUUUCCCGGGACGUGGGGGUUUGUGUCCUGUAGCUGAACCCGGUCAUAGAUCAGACAGGGACGGUGCUGAGUCCAGGUUUCGUCUGGAAGGCGGGGCGGGAGUUAGCACAAGUCACUUACAGUCGUGCGGGCGGAAACAAAGGCGCUUCGUGGCUGCCUUGCUUGCUGUGGACUUUAUCACAUUAGCCAUCACACUGCCUUACUCCGCCUUUUCGUUGGUGAGUCCUGUGUGCACAGAUGUCCAGAGCUGUGACUCUCUCCAGACCCUGUUUCAAACUCUCAGCUGGAUGAGGUCAUCGGUAGCGUGUGUUCGACCUAUCCUCCUCAUCUUACUCACCGAUAUUUACCGAAAUUUCAAACGCCUGAUCCGACGCUGGUACAUACGGCGAGUUACGGGCGGACUCGAACCCGCCAAUUCCUCGGACUCGAGCGAACGUAGUCGCAGACAUUCCCACGACCCUAGCGCUUCUGACGGGCGUGAGAUGGUCAGCUUUGCGCGAUUAGCCGCACCAAAAAUUUGUGUGCAUCGUGGUCGAGAUGAGUCGACUACCACCAGCAUGAUGACUCCACCGCAGUCGCCCUAUCUGGCGCAAAGUGCGCUUCCUCAUCUGGGAGCCAAAAACAACCACAUCGUGCAUAAUUUGCUGGCCAGUGAGGAGGGCACGUGCGUCUGACUUCUGACCACAAAACAAUGAGUGGCACGCACAAAAGUUGUUAUAGCUGCGACGUAGUAUCCUUGUGGUGUAUAACUGAAUUAAAGACUGCGUCAUUCGACGUCGAAGUAGAAAAUCGCAAGACGACGUCAUUCUUGCCACGUAAUUCUUAUGGAAUAAGUCUCAAUUGUUUUUAAAGAUUGAAUGACAUAAUAAAAGACACUCUAAAAUUUUUCCACAGCAAACAACGUUGUAUGCGUACUCAGUAUGUCAACUUUGUUAUUAUCCACUCGCUCUUGUCGAUGGAACAUGAUACAAAGCUCUGUUAACGGAGAUAACGCCACCAAAUAAUGUAUGUGAACAGUAUAAUUGUGAUCGUUCUUUUUCACUUGCCUUAUCAAGCUAGAUGUUUUAGUGUAUAUAGGUCAAAUUGACCCCCCAAAACACUUAUCUUUUAUGUGAAUCGUGUUUUGUACUCGUUCCUGUAUGUGUAUGUGUCUGUGAUUUGUUGAAAUGUACAUAUUAUGUCUAUUAAUAGAUAUCAUAUGCACGCCAGUCUUCAUGUCUGGGAGAUCACGCACUCAAAUGCGCGCAUGUGUGUCUGUGUCUGUGUGUGUAUGUACGUGUGUGUGUGCAUGUGUGUAUGUGUGUGC